AUGUCCAUAUCACCGCCCCCUUUCCCGCCACCCAUUCUUCGUAGAGACUCGAGGAGAGUGUCGCGUAUGCUUGAUCUAACACCUUCAGAAUCAGACGGAUCGCCAAGCAACGUCGAGAAGCCCGCCAUAUCAUUCGGAUUCCACAUCGAAGGGGUGUUAAUGCGCUCGUGGCUGGUCCUAUAUGGUGCGAAAGGGACACUACAACAUCUCCGCAAGAAGAUGAUCCCGUUCUUCCUGUUCACCGAAACUAAGGAGGAGACAACGGAAGAGCUGAGCUAUAGACUCGGUAUGGAGUUCGAUAACAGACAGGUAAUACCGUUGCAUCAUCCAUUCUAUGACAUCGUGGCCCAAUACACCAAUAAGAACAUCCUUGUCCUUGGAGGUGUGGGAGAUAGUAUCAGGGACGUAGCCAGAGAGUAUGGACUCAAAAAAGUGUUUACGUCCUGGGAUCUGUAUAAGCGGGCGCAGUUUCCUGACGAACUCUCUAUCUCUGCGAUAUUCGUCUUGAGCAAUCCUAGGGAUUGGAAGUUAGAUAGCGUGGUCGCUAUGGGAUUGCUGUUAUCCAAGGCGGGAUAUAUUGGGUCGAUGUCGUCAAUGAAUGGAAAUAACACUCUUCCUAACAAGGGAUAUGGUCAGUUCCAGCAACCACAUUUGUACUGGUGUAAUCCAGAUUCGACAUCAUCAUUUAAAGGGGCGCUCGAGUCGGUCUGGAGCGAAGAGACCGGCGGGGCAGAUAUGCUCCGUGUACACAUGGUCCAAGGGCCUUUGCCCCCACCGAAGGUGCCGGUGACAUACGAUAUCAAGUACAUCCCAGGAAACGAUACUCGGCCCAGCGGCGGCGGGGUUAAAGCGACUGUGGAGUGGGCGCUUAAGGAUGCCGGAUGGCCAGCUGAUGAUAUAUGCAUCGCAGGUGAGAAGACACGCAUGUCAGAGCCCCCUAGCCAGCGGGGGCAUCUACAGUCUCAAAUAUCAGUAAGUCCUAUAUCAUUCAACGAGGUAGAUUGUGCGGGGCAUCGGCCACGCUCACUUCCUGAACUCUCCGCCUCUAGGAGAGACCUUAACGAGCCGGCUUUCCCACUGCGUCACCCCAAGCAUAAAAGGGUCCAUAGGCUGUCACAAGUGGAGAUUGCCGAGUUGGGACUUGAGCGCAAAAGUAGUGGAACACUGGGAAGAGCGGAAGCUAUUCCGGAGGUGUCAAGAGCGACGUCUCCUAUCCCACCGACUAAGAUUCUAGAGCCGCCAGUAACCCCUCCAAAUAGGGAACCUAAAUCACCGCAGGCCACACACCCUAUAGAAGACCCCCGAAACUGGGAGACCUACUCAUCACAGCCGUCAUACUCCUCAGAUAGCUCUCCAAACUGGGUAACCCAUCCAUCACAGCCGUCAUACACCCCAAACGGCUCUCCGAAAAGGGCAACUCAUCCCUCACGGCCGUCAAACACGCCAGGUAACUAUUCAGACUGGGAAACAACCUCCUCUCAACGCACACGCAGCCCAGGCAACUCCUCAGACUGGGUAACAACCUCCUCUGAGGUCUCGCACUCACGCGGCGAUACCUCGCGGAUCAGUGUAGUGAGAACUGACUGGGGCGACAGCGUCAUCGAUCUUAUAGAGGACCUGGAGAGAGAUAUCUCAUUCUCCUGA